CAGAGCUCUGGGCCCCAGCUCUUCCGCUGCUCUGGCUCGAGCUGUCCCUGGAACAGCUCCUAGUGAGAACAAGGCGUGCAGAGCUCCGAUCACCAGCACCAUGCUCCCUGGGCUUGGAUCCUAGAUCCCCCCGCUUUGAACACCGCUAAUAGCUGCUCUGGAACCUCAGCAUCCCACGCCGCCAGACGGACGGAAAGCAGGAAAGGAACAAGGAGGAAGAGAAAAGCGGCAGCCAAGGGGACUAAAGCAGCAAAGAGAGAGGGAGAAAGGGUGCUUUGCUCACACCGCUGCAAAGUGGGAAUUUAAAGAGCUGCAGAGAGAGAAAUCCCAGCUCCCCGCCACACACACAUCGCAGAAUUAUAGAGCCGGGUAGAAAUGACAUCAACGGGGAAAGAAGGCAGCGGAGCUCAACAUGCACAAUAUGUUGGACCCUAUCGCCUGGAGAAAACCUUGGGCAAAGGACAGACAGAGGUUGCCUUGUGUGCAUCACUCCUGCUAGCGGGUGUUGUUCUGGUGACCGUCAAAGUGCAUGCAGAGGAAAACGGGGGAUGCCCUGCUGCUGGGCUUGUGAAGUUGGGGGUUCACUGUGUAACAUGUCAAAAGGUCGCGAUAAAAAUUGUCAACAGAGAGAAGCUCAGCGAGUCGGUGCUAAUGAAGGUGGAGCGGGAAAUAGCCAUCCUGAAGUUGAUAGAACACCCCCAUGUUUUAAAGCUGCAUGACGUUUAUGAAAAUAAAAAAUAUUUGUAUUUGGUGCUAGAACAUGUGUCAGGUGGGGAACUCUUCGACUAUCUCGUAAAAAAGGGAAGAUUAACGCCAAAAGAAGCCAGGAAGUUCUUCCGACAAAUCAUCUCUGCUUUAGACUUCUGCCAUAGUCAUUCAAUAUGCCACAGGGAUUUAAAACCAGAAAACCUACUGCUGGAUGAAAAGAACAACAUCCGGAUAGCAGACUUUGGGAUGGCAUCACUGCAGGUCGGGGACAGCUUGUUAGAAACCAGCUGUGGGUCGCCACAUUAUGCCUGCCCUGAAGUGAUCAGGGGAGAAAAAUAUGAUGGGAGGAAAGCGGAUGUCUGGAGCUGUGGAGUCAUUUUAUUUGCAUUGUUAGUGGGUGCCCUGCCAUUUGAUGACGACAACUUGCGGCAGUUGUUGGAGAAGGUGAAGCGGGGUGUGUUCCACAUGCCACAUUUCAUCCCUCCGGACUGUCAGAACCUCUUGCGGGGGAUGAUUGAAGUGGAUGCCUCGAAACGUCUCACGCUAGAACACAUUCAGAAACACAUAUGGUAUAUAGGGGGUAAAAAUGAACCAGAACCAGAGCAACCAAUUCCUCGAAAGGUGCAGAUUCGUUCUCUCCCUUCCCUGGAGGACAUUGAUCCAGACGUGUUAGACAGCAUGCACUCCUUAGGCUGUUUCCGCGACCGAAAUAAACUCUUACAGGACCUGUUGUCGGAAGAAGAAAACCAAGAGAAAAUGAUUUAUUUUCUUCUCCUUGAUCGGAAAGAGAGGUAUCCCAGUCAUGAGGAUGAGGACCUGCCCCCUCGGAAUGAAAUAGAUCCCCCCAGGAAGCGUGUGGACUCCCCAAUGCUGAACCGGCACGGGAAGCGGCGGCCAGAGCGGAAGUCGAUGGAGGUUCUCAGUGUGACGGAUGGCGGUUCCCCAGUCCCAGCUCGCAGAGCUAUUGAAAUGGCACAGCAUGGACAGAGUAAAACAAUGUUCAGUAAAAGCCUGGAUAUCUCUGAAGCCAAUCCCAAAUUCAACAAAGAAGAAAGGAUGGCGAGUGCAGAUGCAUUGGGGUCUCGGUCGAUCAGCGGAGCUUCAUCUGGUCUCUCCACCAGCCCCCUCAGCAGUCCAAGGGUCACCCCUCACCCCUCUCCAAGGGGAAGUCCCCUCCCUACCCCCAAGGGGACACCCGUCCAUACGCCAAAGGAGAGCCCAGCAGGCACACCCAACCCAACACCACCAUCCAGCCCCAGCAUUGGAGGAAUGCCAUGGAGGACACGGCUUAACUCAAUCAAGAACAGCUUCCUGGGGUCUCCUCGGUUCCAUCGCCGGAAAUUGCAAGUACCUACACCAGAGGAGAUGUCCAAUUUAACCCCGGAAUCUUCCCCAGAGCUUGCCAAAAAAUCCUGGUUCGGUAACUUUAUCAACCUGGAGAAAGAAGAACAGAUCUUUGUGGUCAUUAAAGAUAAACCACUAAGCUCCAUCAAGGCUGACAUUGUGCACGCUUUCCUUUCGAUUCCCAGCCUCAGUCACAGCGUCAUCUCACAGACAAGUUUCCGAGCAGAGUACAAGUCCACAGGGGGUCCCGCUGUCUUCCAGAAGCCAGUGAAGUUCCAGGUGGACAUAACAUACACAGAAGGGGGCGAGGCACAGAAGGAGAAUGGGAUCUACUCAGUCACUUUCACGCUCUUAUCAGGUCCAAGCCGUCGCUUCAAGAGGGUAGUAGAAACCAUUCAGGCACAGUUGCUAAGCACACAUGACCAGCCUUCAGUGCAGCAGUUAUCAGACACCACUAACUGUGUGGAGUUGAUGACUGGCAGACUUUCCAAAUGUGGCAGCCCAUUGAGUAACUUCUUUGACGUAAUUAAACAACUUUUUUCAGACGAGAAGAACGGGCAGGAAUUAUCCCGAAAAGUUAACAUGUCAGCCACGGCUUCACCUUCUGUGCUCUGCGGACACUUGUUGACGGAAGGAAACCGAUGUAGACUGUCCAAGGACCAGUCCUGUUUGAGGUUCCCAGCCUCCCCCUCUGUCCCCAGGAAAUGGGUUUCUCCCCCACCUCCUCCCAAACACCUCCCCAACACGCACUUUUUCUCUUUUUCUUUUUGGUGCUCCACGAGGGAGAUCUGCUCAGUAAUGGGAUUGCACAACCUGGGCUGGAAGCAGGUUGCAAUUGUUGGAGUGACACCAUUGCCCUUGACAACAUUCAUCGGUGCAGGUGAACUCAGACUGGCAGGGGGAGGGGGGCAAGAAACAAGGGGAAAUGUUACCAUGAAACCAGGGAGCUCUCUCAGCCAAAACCACCAAGGAGUGAGUAAAAGCAAAGCGUCAAACCAAGAAUAUCGGGGAGUUUCACUGUGGGAUUUUCUCAAACUCCUUUCCCCCCCACCCCCGUCCCCACCCUUUCCUUUUGUUUUUUUGUUUUUUUAAAUUGUGUUUGUUUUUUAUACUCUUAUCAUUUUGCUUUUCAACCUGCUGGAAGGGGGGGGAUCCCCUCCUGGGGGUGGGGGGAAUGAACAAACACAAAAACAAACAAACCUUAAAACUUAGGGAAAAGGCAACAUACGGCAGCAAAAGAGGCGGGCCAGGAUUCUGCCUCGCCGAGAACAGCCUCUUGCCACCAGCUGCCGUUGCCACAGCUGCUGCUCCUUCUUCUUCAUCUUCCUCCCCCGUCUUCAACUCCCCGCCUACCACGCUGCCAGGUUGGGACCUUCUUCCGCCAUCUGGAUCCGCCAACACCCCCUGCAUUUGGAUGCAAUUGUCGUGUCGCUCGUGCUGCAUCAAUAUCAGUAUUAUUAUUUAUUUGCUGGGUUUGAUUUAUUUAUUUGAUUUAUUGGGUUUUUCAACAAACAGAAGAAGAAGAAAAGAGGAUAAUUUGGGGGGUAUUUUCCCAUGUGUGUGCGUGUGCAUAUCACUGGCACUUAGUUCAUUUGAGUGAGACGAGGAGUCAGUGCUAUGGGCAAGUGAAUCACGAAGCUACUGUAAACUUUAAAAAUUACUGCAAGAUAUUUUUAUAAACUUUUUUUUUUGAAAGGGGGCUGGCGGGUGGGAGUGGGUGGGUGAGGACUGUUUUUUGUGCUUAAGUUAUUAUUAGGUCUUGGUUAUUUAUAUAUACAUAUAUAUUGAAAAAUUUAAGCUGUUAGAUAGAUCUUCUGUUUUGUUUAAUUACUGUGUAGAGGCAACACUGAUUCCUAUUUAUUUGGGGGGGGGGAAGGUAGAAAAAAACCUUAAAUGUUCCUCUUGCGAACUUGACUUUUUAUUUAUUUAUUUAUUUAUUUUGGUUUUUUUCCCCUGGGAGCUACAUGACCAAGUGUAAUUUAUUCUGGCCCAAGUUCAAACGAACAAACAAACAUGGUUGUAAACGUCAAAGACAAAAACACAAUGAGAAAGACUUCUUUAGUGAGGUUUUAAAAACAUAGGGUUAGCAUUAGAGUGCAAGUCUCUUAUGACCUUCAAUUGCUGUUUGUUGGGUUCCCUCUGGGUGUAUGUUGUACGACAAGAAUUUUUAUUUUUUCUAAAUGAUACCAUCGGGCAGUUUCUCUCUUUUUGUUGUUGUUACUGUUGUUUAGUUUGUUUUCCCCCUCUUCGACCAGUUUCACUUGUACAUAGGUUUGAAGAUUAAAAAAAAAAAAGUAAGGCACAAUUGAGAUGGUAACCUUUAACCCUUGACCUUUCCUUGUCCCCCCAAAUGGAAGAGAUUUAUUUUAUUUAUUUUGGGGUUGUUUUUAAUUUAUUAUUUUUUUCCUAUUCUUAAAAUUGUAUCGCUGUGUGCAUGUCAGAUGCCGUGGGGGUGAUGGCUGGGGAUGGGGGGAGGCCAGGGUGCAGGACGGGGGGGCAGUUUUAAUUGCAUGACAUUGCUGUAAAUUAGUCUCUUUUGCUUUCGUUGUCUUUCCUGCCUCUGCCCUCUCUCUCUGCCUCUCCUCCAGGACCUCCUGCGACCACCUCCAUCCUCUUUUCCCUCUUUUCUCUGUGUGUAUAGAUUUUUGAUGCUUCUGUUACAUUGUACCUCUACAAAAGGCUGGGAUUUCGAUACAAAAUAAUAAUAAUAAUUUACAAAAAAAACAAAAAAACAAACCUAUAUCAGCAAAAUCCAUGCAGUACAAGCAGGAAGGGGAUUACUUACACAAGAUAUAAGAAUAAACGAAAGCAAUACCUCUUGUUAUCCUUCCGAUUUUGUACUUUGACGACACACAUGCGCACACACACACUCACAGAAACAAACUGACAUUAUUUAACAGUUUAAAAUGGACAAAAAAUCUGAUGUAUCCCUUGUUAAAUAACUGUGAGCAACUUUAGUUCAAAAAACAAUAAAUUCAUUCAGUAAAGACACUA